AUGUGCGAGUCAAUUGAACGGGAGGCAGACUGCAUUGGCUUGAAGACCAGAACGAAGGUUAUGUAUAAGCUGGAUGAUUCCCCAUCACACUUCAAGCAACCAGCUCUCUACUUGAGGCAACUGCGUCAAAACGGAGAUUAUCGUCACUGCGACGUUGAACUUUUAACCGAUGCUGGAAGCGAAAACGUACACUCAGCAGUUGCAGCUGGCCAUUGCAAAAAAAUUGCUAAGGUUGGUGUCUACAGAUCAAUGCGAUUUACACCCAGGUUGAAUCGACUGCUCAACAACAGUUUUUCUCAUGUGGAGUGCCCGAGUUCAUUUCAAAUCGAUGUCAGAAGGAAUAAAUGCGCGCGGUCGUGA